AUGUCAAUACAAUUAAGAGAUGGAUUGUCCAAUCAGUCGGUCGAUUUAGUGCUAGAGGAUCUUCUAGUUAGAUUCUUAGUAAAUGUUCCCCAUGAAGAUUUAUCAUCAAUUGAAAGAAUUUUCUUUCAAGUAGAAGAAGCUCAAUGGUUUUAUACCGAUUUUGUUCGUCAAUUGAAUCCAACUUUACCAGGGAUGAAGAUGAAACAAUUUUCGACAAGACUAUUAGAAAAAUGUCCAUUAAUUUGGAAAUGGGGGGAUCCUUCAGAUGCUAUUUCUAGAUUUGGUAAGUAUAAGUCUACCAUUCCGGUAAGAGGAAUUGCUUUGUUCAAUAAAGAUUUGACCAAAAUGAUUUUGGUUAAAGGCUCAGAAUCAAAUACUUGGUCUUUCCCAAGAGGUAAAAUAUCAAAAGAUGAAUCAGAUAAAGAAUGUGCUGUAAGAGAGGUAUUAGAAGAAACGGGGUUUGAUGCUAGUGAUAUAAUCAAUGAAAAUGAUGUGGUGGAAAGAACAAUUAAGGGUAAGAAUUAUAAAAUUUAUUUGGCUAAAAACGUCCCUGAGGAUUUUAAUUUUCUGCCUUUAGCAAGAAAUGAAAUUGAUCAAAUUGAAUGGCAUGAUAUUAAACAGAUUCAAAAGAAGAUUAGAACAAAUCCUCAAAAAUACUUUAUUGUGGCUACCGUUUUAAAACCUUUACUUAGAUGGAUAAACAAGAAUAAAGGGGUCUUAAAUGAAGAAGAAUUGAUGCUCAAAGCAGAAAUUAAAUUGAAAGCCAUCUUAGGUGUCAAUCAACCAAAACAAAAAAAUGUUGAUGCCGGUAGAGAAUUAUUAGAUAUCUUACAAGGUGUGGCACCUACAAAUGGUUCAAAAUCUACCCUGGUCCAGACAGAUGUUGGUCCUUCAAAUCAAAAUGCUGAACAAUUUGUCAAUAUGACACUUCCUCAACACUUGCAUAAUCAACUUCCAUUUUUUAACAACACUGCCAUCAAUCUAACUCAAGCUUAUCCAAUAGGAAAUCAACCCUUCUUUUUCCCCCCAGGUCCUCCUAUUGCUCCAGCUCGUAGACUAGAUCAAAAUCUUCCUUCGCAGCUUCCUCCGAUGGGUCAUCAGCCGCAAAUCCCACAACAAAAAACCCAAGCUCCUUCCUCCAAUAGAAGAUCAUCUGAAGCUAACUCUAAAGAACUUUUGUCUAUUUUAAACAGGAAACCAGAAAAUAACUCAAGUGCUCAUAAGCACACUUCCAGCUCUAGUAAUAGUCACAUUACUGAAAGUAACCGUUCAAAAGCGGAUCAAUUACUUGGCCUUUUCAAAAAAUCUACUCAAAAGGCUUCUGAAGAUUUCAAUAAACACAAUGCAGAUGACCAAAUCACCUCGGCUAGUGACCUUAGACAAAGCCACGUUAAUAUAAAGCAUGAACCUUCAAAUGAACUCGAGAAAUCACUCGAGUCUUCUCAUGAUUUCAAUGAACCAGGCAAAAAAUUGAGGAUCUUGAAAAGACCUGAAAAAUCACUGAAUGGAAAUGCAUCCUCUGAAUUACUUAGUUUACUAGGUAAGCCUCCUGCAUCAUCGGAACCAUCCUCGAAGUCGAGCAGCGAGGAACCUAAAAUAUUUCAGGACAAUGGAGAUAAUAUCUUGAAAAACAAUGAGUCAUCAACCAUUGAAACAGAUCAAAGACCAACUCCUGUUUCCAAAAAAUCUGCUGCCAAUGACCUUUUAAACUUACUCAAUCAAAAAGGUAAGACCAAAGAUAAUGUGUCCAAUAUUAAGGAACAAGAAAAAGACUUGGAGGAUGGAAGCAACUAUGAAGAUUUCGAAAACUUUGAAGAUUUUGAAGAUUUCGAUGACUUAGAUAAUUUUAGUGAUGAUAUAGAAAAGCCAGUCCAUCAUUUUGAUAUAGCUAGUGACGACGAAGAUGAGUUUCAUGUUAACUCAAAGCCCUCAAUUGAAAAAAUCAAAGCGUCUCAUAGGCCUUUCGAUACUUCAGCACCAGCACCAGCACCAGAACCUCCCUUGGCCGAAAAGUCACCAGCACCAGAAGAAACUAAACGUCCUAUAAGAAUCCUCAAACCUGGUGAAUCUUUGGAGAAUCUUUUUGGCCCCCCAGAUACCUCUCCUGCCAUGUCACCCUCAUCACCUUUAAAACAUGACUCAAAUAAGCAAGGCAGCGAAAGCAAAAGUUUAUUAGAGUUAUUACAUGGUGGGAAACCAAACAACACUAAUGAACCAGCCACUGUACACCCCGAAAAAGCACCUUCUAAUGAUGAAGGUAAAAGCUUAUUGCUGAUUUUGAAUGGUGGUAAGCCGCCAGCUUCUUCAGAUCCAGUCCAUGCCCAACCAGAUUACUCUUCUAUUUACGGAAGUCAAGAGCCAAAUACAUCCCAAGCCGAAACGAAUUCUUCUAAUUUUUCACCUUUUGGUCAAGCUCCUUCUAGCUCGUCAAACCUGAAUCCAUUACAAAGUCCUAAGUCAAACAGAAAUAGUAAUAGUUUAUUAGACUUACUUGGGAGAAGGCCACCCCAAGAAACACAGGCGCCCAUUAAUACUUGGGAACAACCACAAUCUUCCAAGUUACAAUCAUCCGGCUUACAAACCAAACCACUAACCUUGGAAGAUUUGGAAAGUGGCAACUCAGCUUCGGUAGCUGGCAAUCAGGGAUCACUUGGUUUGGAUCCACCAGCAGGAAACCAAUCUCCUGCUAAGGAUUUACUUAGUAUAUUGAAAGGGGGAAUGUCAAAUAAUGACUCUUCAUCCAGCUUUUAUUCUGCAUCUUCUCGCGUAUGA